GCUGGGGCUCCCUGGUCGGAGCGGAAGGCUGCGCAGCGCGAGGGCCGCCUGUCUGGUGGAGCCACCGCUGCAGCAGCAAAGACGUGCGGUGUCGAGAACGAGGUCAUCAUCCGCGAAGCGGACGCGUCGCUCUUCAGGCAUCGGGUCGAGAAGCUGCACGUGGAGCCGCAAGCCGAAGUGCUGCGGCCUGGCGAGUGGCAAGCGUUCGGCGAGAAGCACGCGUGCCCGUCCUGCGACGUUGGGGUGCUGAUUCGUGAGCUGGGAGUGGCGGCCGCGAGGACCCCGCUGCGGUCUUGCGCCAAGUCGUACCUCAGUGAGAACGAAGCCGAGGCCUGCCUGUCCGAGGCAGGCGCUGAAACUGCGGAGGCCCGCGGGGCCGCGGCUGGUGCGGCUGCUACAGCCUGCACGGCCGCGCCGACGGCUGCCGCGAGCAGCACCGUGGUCACGGAGUACCUGGCGGCCCACCCUGCGGCGCUCCUCAGCGGCGGCAACGGGGAGGAGCACUUCGACGAAAUCGAAAAGCCCACGUGCGAGAAGCAUGAGGGGCAGGCAGAGCAGCAGGAACCCGAGGCCAUCGGGUUCGAGCUGAAUGAUGGGGAGGAGCACUUCGGCGCGCUGCGGGGCGCCAUGGGGGUGCGCAAGGACGACGAAGAGGACAAGAACGAGCUGGAGGCCCACGUGUCGGGUCACGGCGCGGGGGACGAGCAAGGCGGCGGUGCGCGGGCGUCGUGCAAUGAGCCGCCGAGCCUCAUCGAGCAGCCCACGUGCGAGGAGCAUGAGGGGCAGGCAGAGCAGCAGGAGCCAGAGGAUAUCGGGUUCGAGCUGAACGACGAGGAGGAGCACCUGGGCAAGCUGCGGAGC